AUGUUGAAGACGCGCACAAAAAUACCUACUGUGGACACGAAUGUAAGAGAAUUUCUAAUUCCUGAUUUAAAUUUUAAUGCUAGUGAAUAUUAUGAACUCAUUGAUUGGCAAAAUUGCUCUGUUACAAUUCCUCCCCUUUUAUCUACUACAACUGAUGAGGAUAUUAGAAAAUGUAUUAAUGGUGAAGAAAUUUUUCCAACUACUUUUUUGUCAUUUUCUUGUUAUACUCAAGCAGUAGAAAGAUGUGUGAAGGUUGUAACAUAA